UCCUUGUAGAGCAGUGCCGCUUCACAGACCUCUGCGUCUUGAGUACUAAGGAGGCAUGAAUCCUUGCCCAAAGCCUAUGGUCGAAGCCACCUUGAGCCUCUUGUCUCCCCCUGAAUGCGCUGCGCACGUACUCGCGCAAGUUUGUUUGUUGUUGUGGUGCUUGGAGGACAGAAUUGCUCCAUUGGCCUUGUAUGCUGAGCACGGGAAACCUUGUCGAAAGCCUUUGGCCGAAGCCAUACUGUCCAUCUUGUCCUGCUUGUGCCCCUUGAAAACGCUGCGCACGUACUCGCGCGAACAUUGUAUCGCAUCGCAGUGCUUGGAGAGCAAGGUCGCUUCACGAGCCUCUGCGCUUUGUUGGCGUUGAAGAGGAUGCUCAAGAGUUGCGCCUCUGGAUGUUUUUGCAGCCUUGCUCUUCUUGUUCUUGUCGGCGGGGACUACAAGUGGGUGCUUCGUAUCAACUUAAUCGGUAGUCUGAUCCUGAGAAGUAGAAACAGCAGGAACACGGAACGGCUGCAGGUGUUGAUAGCCGGGAGGAGCAGAAAUGUGCUCCUGGCUAUAUUCGUAGUAACCAGGUUCGUGGUAUUCGAGUGUGCCGUGACCGCCGUAACCAUUGUCAUCGGAGAAAACCAUGCCAGCAUGGUCGCCAGUACCCAUCUCGAUGUCGAGAAGAUCAAACUCGGUUGCGUCUAGGCCCUCCGUGUUGCCUGAGAGGACGAAGCGAGAGUUUCCGAUAAAGCGAGAAUCUCCUAACGGAGGACCCAGUCGUCGUCUGAGCAUUUGUGCUGCCACUGGGAAAUGGGUUGCGCAAGAUGCUUGGACGACGAGCGACGAAAGGCGACACUCAUACCGACUAAGUAGCGGUGGUGAGGGCAAGGUGGCUUUAUGAGGUUGGCAAUACCGCCACCGAGGUCGCCCUCGCGACAGCGGCUUGCUGGAA